AUGUAUCAGAUUUAUACAGAUGAUUUUUACAAAGAUAUAUCCCAUGACAUAGAAACCAAGUUUGACACAUCUGAUUAUCCUCCUGACCACCCAUCUGGAAUACUGACAGGAGUUAACAAAAAAGUUAUUGGUAUGUUUAAAGAUGAAGUAGCAGGAAAACAGAUUACUUAUUUUGUUGGAUUGCGGCCCAAGCUAUAUACUUUUAAAAUAGAGGAAAGUAAAGAAGUUCGUAAAUGUAAAGGUAUAAAGAAAAAUGUUGUAAAAAAGAGUAUAGAAUUUGAAGACUAUGUACAGUGUUUAUUUUCUGGUGAAAAGCAAAUGAGAACGAUGAAAAUUAUAAGAAGUGAAAAUCAUGAUAUAUAUUCAAAAGUAGUAAAUAAAAUAGCUUUGAGUAAUGAAGAUGAUAAAUUCAGUGUGGUGGAGGAUAAAGUAAAAACACUUGCUUUAAGAUAAUAAGAUAUAUAAUAAUAAAUGUGUUAUACAAAAGAAGAGAUAGAACGAUAUUUGGAAAUAUUAAGAAGUUAUAAUAAUACCCAAUCAGAAGGGGAAAAAAAUACGAAAGUUAGAUGUAGGAAUUGUCAAAGCGAUAGUUUCUUUGUUGAAUCAGGUUAUAAUAUUUGUGAUUAUUGUGGGUUAACUAAUGGUCAUGUUCUUGGUUAUUUUGACUUGAAAGAGUACGAUCGAUUACAUUUUCGAAAGAAGAGUAUUUAUCAGAGAAAGUACCACUAUGAGAAAAAGGUUGAUCAAGUUUCCAGAAGACUACACCUAACUGAGGAUCAAAAGUGUGAACUGUACAAUGAACUAAUGAAUAUAGAUAACCAUGUCAUAGAAAUACUAAACAAACAAUUUUGUAGAAAGAGAAUGAUAAGCAUUUUUUAUCUGAUCAAAAAAUUUCUGGAAGAAAUGGGUUGUGAAAAGAGCAAACUAGUUUAUCUAAAGAUUUCCGACCAAACUAUGAAGAAUUAUGAAAAGUGGUGGGAUAGUUACAAAUCACUCCUUUGUGAAAGCACCAGUAAAUAA